CGCGAUAAACGAAACAACAGAUUCAAUGAGAUAGAUUUUACAAUCCAUAUCGCAAAUCAUGACUUUAACAAGGCUUGCUUUCCGCUCUAUGCGGCCAUCAAUGACCUUCAAUAGGUCCUUCUCGACAAUUCCACGUCGAUUUGCUGGCGCAGGAAACGCAAAGGAACCCGAGACCUCAGCAGAGCACCGAAAAAUACAAACCGAGAAACCACUCAAUCCACACUUGACGAGCACAAGCUCUACGAUUGCCAGUGGAAUGCCAUCAGUUGGUGCCCAGAAUUCUCCUCCCGACCUUCUUACAUCCAUCGACCCGAAUUUCGUCCCGAAAGACUCCUCCCCCGAGAACACUGAGCGGAUGACAGGAGGUACUCAGAAAGCAGCACCCGAGGCUAGCCAAAACCCAGAGAUUGGUGUUGGGGAACUGCAGGGCGCAAAAUUCAAGAUCGAACCAUUACGAAGAACUGGCGAAGAUCUGAAUACGAUGAGGGCGAGGUUAUUAUACCAGAGCCGUAAGAGAGGCACACUAGAGAGCGAUCUCCUCAUGUCCACCUUCGCAGAUGCAUAUCUGAAGAAAAUGACAAGGGCUCAAUUGGAAGCCUACGACCGCUUUUUGGAUGAGAAUGACUGGGAUAUCUACUACUGGGCAACUCAAGAACCUAAGCCGACAGCUUCAGAAGCUGCGGAGGGUUCGGUUGCUCCAACAAAGGAGACUGGUUCGGAUCCGGAGACUGCCGGAUGGUCAAGCGGACAGCAAAGAAGUGGAGAAUGGGCGCAGACUAUCGGGACAUUCAAGCCGGCGUAUCGCCCCGUGCCAACCCGGUGGAAGAACAGCGAAAUCCUCGCUAUGUUGAGACGACACGUUAUUUCGAGAUCAGCAGGCGGUGUCCAUGAGGGAGACGCCAAUGUUAGUGGAGAUGGAACAAACCAGGGUUCCAAGACCACUGGCGGUGGAGGCAUGGCAUUUAUGCCUCCUGUCUUUGAGACAGACCAACGAUGAUUAGCUUCUAGCUAGCUGUUCUAUGUACAACAUUUUGUCGAGCUGAGUGUAUGUAUAGUUAUUUCAAGAAGGAGGUCGUGGACUCGCCUCUUUCUGGUUCAGCUCCUGAUGGGAUUGUAACUUGAUUUUAUGUUCAAAGUUCACUCGCUGUAGUUUUGGGAUUUACUCAGUAGUAGGCAAUAUGAUCACUGGCUUUGGAUCUUCGC